UCCUUUAGCAGUCCAUUUAAAAAGUUGCCUUUUAUCAUAUGCGCCCGUCCACCACGAGCCCCCUGCGUCACCUUGCUGGCCAAGGAGGAAGGGGCAAGUGAUCCUUCGCUCCUCAGCCAGGCUCCUCACUUCCCUAUAUAGAACUCCUAGUUGCCUAUAGCAACCAGGAGAGUUCUUAAAUACAAAGUUUUACCAGCCUCGCAUAGCUGCUUGCAUAUAGACUUUUAACCUUGUGUUGAAGGAUGUAAGUUAGUCUCCUUUCAAGCCCUGAAAGCUGAUCAAGGGCAGUCUUCAGGUGACUUAAAGAUACUUCUUUAUUGAACUUGUGGACAUCUAUUUACUUUUGGGUUUAGUCACUCCAUGGACACCUUCAAGCAAGGUCACCUGGAAGACCAGUCAGUAGUCAGCAGGAUGCAGAAAAAAUACUGGAAAACGAAACAAGUUUUAAUAAAGGUUACAGGAAAGAAAGAAGAUGAACAUGUGGUAGCAUCUGACGCAGAAUUAGAUGCCAAAAUAGAGGUUUUUCACAGCAUUCAGGUGACCUGUACAGAUCUUCUGAAGACAAUUGAAAAAUACCAGCAGAGACUUAGUGAUCUGUCUGAGCAGGAAAACGAACUAGGGCUUUUUUUAAAGUUGCAAGCAGAUCGGGGUGAAGCUCAAAUUGACAAGAUGACUGAUGCCACAGGCCAGGCCCUCUGUUCUUCUUCCCAACAAAGGCUAGCUCUUUGCACGGCUUUGUCUCGCCUCGGACAAGAACUUGCAACCUUUAGUCGGAGGGCCGUGUCAGAUACUUUGCUUACAAUCAAUCGAAUGGAGCAGGCGCGCACAGAGUAUAGAGGGGCUUUGCUGUGGAUGAAGGAUGCUUCGCAAGAACUGGACCCAGACACUUGCAAACAAAUGGAAACAUUCAGAAAAGUGCAGAUGCAGGUAAGAAAUACCAAAGCACAGUUUGAUAAGCUGAAGAUGGAUGUUUGUCAGAAAGUGGAUCUUCUUGGAGCCAGCCGCUGUAAUAUGCUGUCACACUGUCUUGCUGUCUACCAGAUGAGCUUUUUGCAUUUCUGUGAAAAGACUGUUCAAAAGAUGAAUGAAAUUAAUGAAGGCUUUGCACAUCUCCACUCGUAUCAUCAGAAUGCAUGUGAGCAAUUGCAGAAGCUUGUUAACCAAUCUACUGAGGAAGAGAAGGAGAAUGCGGAGGAAGAGAGUACCCCUGAAAUGCUUGAUAAGCUGAUUUUACUGGAUGAAGAUGCCUCUGAAAUUCUGUCAGACUCAGGGUCAGAUGAAACAAAAGAGAACCUCUGUCAGAUGAGCAAAUCUGGUGAUCCAUGCAUCCCUGAAAAAGAAUUUCCAACAGAUUCUUUGGAAGAAGAUUUUGAGGGAGAUUUUUCUUUCCUGGAGAAUUUAUCAAGCCCCAGUUCUUCAAGCAGAGGAAAUAUUAUACAGGAAUGCCAAACUGCAGCUGAUAGUCCCUUCAUGGCUCUCCCUGUUCAGGAACCUGCAACAGAGGCAAAAUUCCUAGCCCAUGCAUCUGGAUUUUUGCCUUCACAGCUCCUCGAUUUUGGCCUUCAUAGUUGGAUCGCACAGUCAGAUUUUCUAGACCCUUUUUCCAAACCAGAGCCUGAGAAGCAGCAAGGACCUUCACAAACCUCACCAAAGACGCCACAAAAGUCUGUGGAGAAGACUAGUAGCCAAGACAUGUCAGCCUGGUUUAGUGCCUUUGCAGACUUGGAUCCUCUUUCAAAUCCAGAUGCUGUUGGACGCUCUGAUGAUGAUCUCCUCACUGCAUGAUUAAGUGUAACCCAGAACAUAAAACUACUUUGCUAUGAAACUACCGUGUCCUUCCAAGAGAGACCUUAAGACACGGUUGCAGACAUCAUUGCAGAUAAAGAACAUCCAUGCUGCCCAUGAAUAUCAGCAGUGUAAAGACCACCUAAGUUUCUUGAUUUCAUGAUCAUUUCCAAUGCUAUAAAACUUUACUAAUUACUACUGCAGAAAUGUCUUACAACACAAUUAAUUAGGAUUUCACCCAUAAAUUCAAUAAAUGAAAGUUAUAGGAAGCUGGGCAAACUAUAUUAUCUUUCCCAUUACAGAUAGAUAACUAGUGUUCCUUACGUUAAGUCCUUGGCACAUAUUUUUGCUUAAUCACUUCUUGGACUUUUGCCUUCUUAUAUUUCAUCUGUUCUUGAAGGACAAGCAGUGUAGACGAUACAGUUAUAUGCAUAUAUCAUCAUAGUUUUCCAAACCUUUUUCAAAAUGCCCAGUACAUUGUAAAAAUCCCUAUAUUGCACAUAUAAGCUAUUUUUAAAGUACCUGUGAAGCAGAAUAGAUAAAUAAGUCAAGUAUCUUGCAGCUACUGAAGAUCAGUUAUGCUAAGAGGUCCAGCUAGAGCCCCGCAAGCCCUUUAUAACUAGAAAAGGUGCAUCUGGAGGGUAAUUAGGACCAGAAAAGUGAAGUUAAAUGCUUCCCGGCCAAUGUUUCCUUGUUGCUUUUCUCUCUGAAGAGUUCCAAAUUCACGUUGCCCCCAUCUAGAAACACCACAGAGAGAAAACUUGCUGGCCACUUCUCUGGUCUCUGUUGUCCCUCCUGAACAUGCUUUUAAUGUUUAAAAAGGGCUGUCUGCUGAUGUACCGCCUAUCUUGGAAAAAGAAUUUUAAAGCACCAGAACCCUACAUUGGUUGCCCGUAUUGGCAAUUUGUUUUCCACAGUAUUGAUCAAUUAUUUGCAUCACUUAAGAAAGCAAACCUACCUAGUACUGAGUCUGCUUUCAUCUUUCAUCUGUUAUACAAGUUCAUUAUUUGGAAACUGAUUUCUAAAUAAUCAGUGAGCAGUAUAGCUCCCCUCUCUAUAUAGUAAAAUGUUAACAGAUACAUAAUGCUUCAUAUUUAAAGAUAUAUUCUAUUUAGAGACAUGCACCUUUUGAAUUUAAAUUGGCAGCUCAUUCUUCUACUUGUGAUUGCUUGCAAUUUAAUAAAAAAUGUUACAGAA